AUGGACUUCGCUGAGCUCUGCUUCCAGCGAAUCCCAUUCAAACUCCAAUUUGCUUACAAUGCAAUGAUCCGAGGCUACUCCACUCAUGGAUUUUUCGAAAAAGCCCUCUUUUUGUACUCCAAAAUGCUCUACAGUGAUUCUACACCGCCUGAUAAGUUCACUUUCCCGUUCAUUCUAAAGUCAUGCGCUGCUCUCUCUGCGCCCUCCGAGGCCAGAGAAGCUCAUGGGAGGAUAAUAAAGACAGGGCUCGCAUCUGAUGUUCAUAUCUCGACGUCGCUUGUUGACUUUUAUAUGAAAUUGGGUGAGGUGGGAAUCGCUCGACAAGUGUUUGAUAAGAUCCCUUUGAAGAACACUGUCUGUUGGAAUGCUUUGAUUGCGGGCUAUGCUUAUAAUGAGUCGGACGUGGAAGCAGUUGAUGCUUUUAAAUGGAUGAUAGAACUGGGUUUCGAGCCUAAUUCGUCUACUAUGGCAUCAGUACUUCCAGCGGUUGGUCGGCUUGGUGAUCUAGAAGAAGGGAAGCUUAUGCAUAAAUUGAUUAUAGAAAAAGGCGUCGAGAUAAAGGAGCCAGUGAUCAACAGUCUGAUUGCGAUGUAUGGAAAAUGUGGGGAAAUGGAAACUGCCCGCCAACUCUUUGAUGAAAUGCUGGGGAGGACUGCUGUUUCUUGGACUGUGAUGAUCUCAACUUAUGCCCAAAAUGGGAAAUUUGCCAAGGCUUUAGAGUUGUUCAUUUGUAUGCAAGCUUAUGGUGUUAAGCCCACAGCGGUCACAGUGGCCAGCAUGCUACCAGCUUGUGCUGAUAUGAUGCAUAUUAAACUAGGAAUGAAGGUUCAUGGAUACAGUAUUAAAAAUGGGUUUGAUUUGGAUAUUAUCAUGAGCACUGCUCUUGUGGACAUGUAUGCAAAGUGUGGUUGUAUUGCAGAGGCUCGACGUGUCUUUGAUGAGAUGCCUGAGAGAAACAUAGUUUCAUGGAAUGCAAUGAUUAAUGCUUUUGGGCUCCAUGGCCAAGUGAUGGAUGCACUGGAAUGGUUUGCAAUGAUGCAACUCAAUGGAAUGAAGCCAAAUGGUAGCACAUUUGUUUCAUUGAUCUCUGCCUGCAGUCAUGCAGGCAUGGUGGCAGAGGGAUUGGAGUGCUUCAAGUCCAUGAGCAAGGAUUACGAUCUUGUUCCUGAGACAAAGCAUUAUGCAUGUGUGGUGGAUCUACUCGGGCGUGCUGGGAGGCUUAAAGAAGCUUAUGAGUUGAUAAAAGCUAUGCCUUUAGAACCUGAUGAUUCCGCAUGGGGUGCAUUGCUUGGUGCUUGUAGAGUUCACAAGGAUGUCGAGCUUGGCAAAAUGGCUGCACUGAAGGCUCUCGAGCUUAAGCCAAGGGAACCAGGUUAUUAUGUUCUUUUAACAAAUAUAUAUGCAGGAAGUGGUAGAUGGGCAGAUGCUCAGAAACUGAGAGAGGUGAUGAAAGAGAAGAAGAUACUGAAAGAAGCAGGUUGCAGUUCUAUUGAGGAUGGUGGGAUUGUUCAUUCGUUUGUUGUAGGUGAUUCCAAACAUCCUGAAUGGAAGAAGAUAUACAAGAAGAUGGAGGAGAUAGAGGAGAAGUUGAAGGAAGAAGGCUAUGUUCCUGAUACUAGCUUGGUGUUGCAUGAGGAGAUCGAGAAAAGUGAGAGGCUUGCUAUGCACAGUGAGAGGAUAGCCUUGGCAUUUGGGCUCCUCAAGAUACCUGAUGGGAUCCCUAUCAAAAUAACUAAGAACUUGAGAGUAUGUGGGGACUGCCAUUCUGCUUUUAAGCUUGCAUCCAGGAUCUAUAAAAGGGAGAUUGUUCUAAGAGACUUGCGUCGGUUUCAUACGUUUGAAAGUGGCAACUGUUCAUGCAAGGAUUACUGGUGA